AAAAACAAAACCACUGUCCGUCACUCGCGACACUUCCUCUGCGAGGAAGCGGUUCGGGACAAGCUUCUCUUCAUCGCGCCAAUUGGUGAAGAGCAAGAGCAACAACUGUCGUCACAAUGUCUGGUUCACCAACAAUACUGGCACCGUACGCGGGCCACACCGAUGCGGCCGGGAGAUACCUUCUCGCGCCGUUACAGGGUCUUCCGUUCGAUGAGAUGGUCAGGAAUGGCGAAGGAGCGCGGCAUCAGGGCGAGCCAGAAUACUACCGUUUAAUCCUCCUUCAUGCGCUGUUCGCAUCGUUCGCGUUCCUUGUGUUUACGCCCGCCGCUAUAAUAUGCGCUAGGUUUCUCAUCCACGGUCCCAGACCGCGACUCGCUAUGGGGGGCCACAUCGGUUUCCAGGUUGCGAGCGUCAUAUGUUUGACGGUUACGUUUAUUACCGGCUAUUUCGCGGUCGACAAGGGCGACUGGGGGAAUAAUCCACAUCAUAUUAUUGGCGCUACGAUAUAUGCCAUCAUGCUUUUCCAGAUCUUUUUUGGCGCAUUCGUUCGAUGGAGGGACCCACAGAAGAUUAGAGAAGCGCCCCCGCUCUACAAGAUGAUCCAUCAAUGGCUCGGACGCGCGGUCUUCAUGCUCGGUCUGGCGCAGAUUCCCCUCGGACUAUAUGUCUAUGGAUCGCCGAAGACCUUGUUCAUCCUAUACGCCAUAUGCACCUUCCUCUUCUUGACCGCCUGGUUCGUACUAGAAUACCUCAAGAACCGCAAGUGGUUUGAGCACAGAUACGGAAGUGUCCGCGGCAUUCCGACACCCAUCCCAGAGAUGUCGGAACAUCAACCCAGUGAACACCGCCGCACACCAGAUGUUGAGAACGGCUACACACCUGUCGGCAUGGAUGAGACGCCAUUGCAAACGCCCAAGAGAUCCCGCUUUAGCAAGCUGUCGUGGUUCGGUAAUCGCCGCAGUUCCGGAAGGCAGACCCACGAUACCAUCGGGAUUCCAUACCAGUAUGACACUGCCACGAUGGAUAGCAGUCGUGUGCCGAGCGCCCAGAGUCCUGCUAUCGGAGGGUUGGCACCUGGGCCAGGUAGAAAGCAAGAAAUCAUUCCCCCGGUUCCAGCCCUACCUACACACUACGAACAGCAUCACAGUUCCGGCAGUCUUCCAAGCGAGGAGUUCAGGCAGAGAUAUGGAAACCCCUCUGCGUUGAAAGACACGGUUUUGAGAGACAGCACAACACUCGGUCCACCGAGGGGAGGAGGACAGCCGCAGCAGCAACAGGAAAUUAUCAAUAUGCCGGAACCACGCAUUCCCCAGUCUCCUGCCGAGUAUGGACAGAUAGCACCGAUGUUCGGAGCCACGCCACGUUCCUCGGGGCAUAGCCACAACACCCACCAGUCGUACCAGAACUCGCCUGGAAAUUUCGACCAGAUGCCCGUCAGCCCUCUUUUGGGAGAUGGUUAUAUAGAGGCAGACAACGGAUUCGUUCCCACGCCGGCCGACGACUCUCCGAGACGUCCACUCCCGCUUCCCCCACACCGCCGAGAACGAUCCAACGACAGUAGUGUUAACCGAUUGCCCAUCGUCGAUUCCCCAGGAGCUUCCAGCGCCGGUGAAGGCCAGACGAUCAUGGUCGGCGGAGAAACGAAUGCUGGCGGCCAACAGCCCCAAGUUGCGGUCCAGGUCAAACUCAACCCUGACGGUAAAUCCGUUACGGUUCGCCGGCUCCGCCCCGAAGAAGCAGAGGCAGAACGCCGGGAACGCUCGCGAGCCAGGCAAGACCGCGCACUGCAACGAGAGCUAGAAUUGGAACGCGAACGACAGUUCCGGCGAUCCCAGAGCAAUGAGCGCAGGAGCGGUGACCGUCGACGGUCUCGACAGCCGGAGAACAUUGAGCGCCAGGAACAGCGGGUGCAGCGGGUGCAGCUCCUCGACGACGGCAUCCGCACUCCAGGCAGUGGCAGUUACACGCCCAGCAUUGGCGGGCAGAGUUCAACGAUCGCCGGCGCAUCCGGCGGACUCCUCGGACGAGUACCGGAGCCGCAAACUCCGUCGAACGAACAGACGCCGCUCAACGCCAUGAGUCCGCUUGUCGGCAUGCAUCCCGUCACUCGCUCACCAGCGCCUCCUAAUGGGCUUUCCCAAAGCCAGCGCGCCAGCGUCACCAGUGGCGGAACCACCGCGGAGAACUCGGAGAUCGAGCAGGAAAUUGUGAAGGAGCAGCGACGAAAGAAGCGGCGGGAAGAGAGGGCGGGGACCGCGAGCCAGUUGGGCGGCGGCGAUGGAGGGUACUAUGGUCCGCAGGGGCCUGAGUCGCAGUGGACUUAACCCAUCCGAUUCCGGCUCCGAAUCCGACUCGAAAAACCGAUUAUGAAAAAUGACAUGACAUGCUAUGUGAAAUGAUAGAUACCGAUACCCUUUCUUUCUUC